AUCCGGCAACGUAGGUAUUUUGACAGACAUGACGGAGCACUAUAUUUUUCUCUGAAGUUAUGAUAUCAACUGUGUUAAGAUUUUGAGAGAUUCCCACUAAAUUAAAGAAAAUAAAAAGAGUUCAUAGCACAUCAAUCAGGUUUGCGUUAAUUUAACAGUAUUAACCCAAACAAAAUGAGCGAAACUAAAAAGGAAAUUAAAGUGGAGACCAAAAAGGAAGUGGAGGAUGAUAAAAAUGAACUGUCGGACGAGGAUAAGCAGCUCCAAGAUGAACUCAAUAUGUGUGUGGAGAGACUGCAAGAAAACAAUGCCGGUUUGUAUCUCCCAGCUUUGCAAGCUCUCAGCAACCACAUUAAAGCCUCAACAACUUCAAUGACAUCCGUGCCGAAGCCGUUGAAGUUCAUGAGGCCCCAUUAUGAUACAAUGAAACAAGUUUAUGAAAAAAUUACUGAUCAAAACGUUAAGCAAGUAUGUGCGGACAUUAUAUCUGUUCUGGCCAUGACAAUGGGUGAUGGCAGGGAAUGUCUCAAGUUCCGUUUGUUAUCUGAGUUGGAUAAAAUUGGCGAGUGGGGCCACGAGUACGUCAGACAUUUGGCGGGCGAAAUUGCCAGUGAAUGGGCCGAGACUGAUUUAACCUUCGACAAGGCACUGAAGGAUAAGCUCAUUUUGUUGGCAAAACAGAUUGUUCCAUACAACAUGGCACACAAUGCUGAAGCUGAGGCAUGUGAUCUUCUCAUGGAAAUUGAAAGGUUGGAUUUACUGGAGAACUAUGUUGAUGAGAAUAUUUAUCAGAGGGUUUGCUUGUAUCUAACCAGUUGUGUACCUUACGUAGCUGAUCCUGAGAACACAACAUUGUUGCAAACAGCUUUGUUGUUAUUCCGUAAAUUUGAUCAGUAUCCACAAGCACUUCGCUUGGCCAUGCAGCUAAAUGACCAUAGCUUGAUUGAGGAAAUCUUCAUGUCUUGCCCCGACACUGCCAUCCAAAAGCAAUUGGCCUUCAUGCUAGGAAGACAGCAAAUAUACAUCGAAAUUCCAGAUACCACACCAGAAUAUGAAGACCUAAUCGAAGUAAUGGCCAACUGCCAUUUGAACAAUCAUUUCCUGAACUUGGCAAGAGAGCUCGAUAUUAUGGAACCAAAAACGCCUGAAGACGUCUACAAAUCUCACUUGGAGAACACCAGACCUCAAUUUGGGGGCAGUCAAGUAGAUUCGGCCAGACAAAAUUUGGCGGCCAGUUUCGUGAACGGUUUUGUCAAUGCCGCAUUUGGUAAAGAUAAAUUGUUGAUGGAGGAUGGCAAUAAAUGGUUGUACAAGAAUAAGGAACAUGGCAUGCUAAGUGCGACUGCUUCCCUCGGUUUGGUGCUGCUUUGGGACGUUGAUGGAGGCCUCACUCCAAUUGAUAAAUAUUUAUAUUCAUCAGAGGAUCAUAUUAAGUCAGGUGCCUUGUUGGCUUGCGGCAUCGUUAACUGCGGUGUAAGAAACGAAUGCGAUCCCGCUUUGGCUUUGCUAAGCGACUAUGUACUUCACAACACUAAUAUAAUGAGGAUUGGCGCCAUCGUUGGUUUGGGUUUGGCGUAUGUUGGUUCCAACCGUGAGGCGGUACUUAGUUUGUUGUUCCCGGUGUUCAGCGAUCCAAAGUCCAACAUGGAAGUGAUUGGUAUGGCUGCUCUCGCUUGUGGUAUGAUUGCGGUUGGCUCCGGAAAUGCACAAGUGACCACAACAAUCAUGCAGAUUUUGAUGGAGAAGUCCGAGGCAGACUUGAAGGAUACUUACGCACGAUUUUUGCCCUUGGGAUUGGGUCUGUGUCACUUGGGCAAACAAGAAGGAGUUGAUAUGAUCAUUGCCGCUUUGGAGGUCAUACCGGAGCCUUUCAAGUCCAUGGCUACUACUAUGGUGGAUGUUUGUGCUUAUGCUGGUACCGGCAACGUUUUGAAAGUCCAGCACUUGUUGCACAUCUGUUCUGAGCAUUACGAACCCGGUGACAAAGACGAAAGCAGGGGUAGCCAAGAUAAAAACUCCAAGGAAAAGUCGAAGGAAAAGGACGACAAAGACAAGGACUUAUCUGCUAGACAAGCCAUUGCCGUCAUUGGUAUUGCUUUGAUCAGUAUGGGUGAAGAUAUUGGAGGAGAAAUGGCUUUCCGCACCUUUGGUGAUUUAUUGAGGUACUGCGAGCCCGUUAUUCGUCGUGCCGUUCCCUUGGCCUUAGGUUUACUCUCUGUAUCGAACCCUAAGCUAAACAUUCUGGAUACCUUGAGCAAGUUCUCGCAUGACAGCGACGCCGAAGUGGCGCAUAACUCUAUAUUCGCAAUGGGUUUGGUCGGAGCUGGUACGAAUAAUGCUCGCCUUGCUGCUAUGUUGAGACAAUUGGCUCAGUUCCACGCCAAGGAUCCGAAUAAUCUCUUCAUGGUUCGUAUUGCUCAAGGUCUAACCCAUCUUGGAAAGGGAACGCUUACGCUCAGCCCAUACCACAGUGAUAGGCAACUGAUGAGUCCUGUAGCUGUUGCUGGUUUGAUGGCUACCCUUGUUGGUUUCCUUGAUGUGAAGAACAUUAUAUUGGGAAGGUCCCACUACCUGUUGUACACUCUAGCAGCUGCCAUGCAACCUAGGAUGCUAGUUACCUUCGACGAAGAUCUCAACCCCCUUCCCGUCCCAGUUAGGGUUGGUUUAGCCGUAGACGUUGUGGGUCAAGCUGGUAAACCUAAAACCAUAACUGGAUUCCAAACUCAUACCACACCUGUACUCUUGGCUUAUGGAGAGCGAGCUGAAUUGGCGACUGAAGAAUAUAUUGCACUUACUCCCAUUAUGGAAGGAUUUGUAAUCCUUCGAAAAAAUCCUGACUUCAAUCCUUAAUUAUUUAUAUAGCUUAAAAGUUAUACGUAAUCUGAUGUAAAUUAAACAGUUUUCUACAAAAAAUACGUUCUGUUAUUUCUUUAAUUUGUAUAUUUUGGAGGAAUAAAGUAACAAACUUA